AUGGCCCCUGCGAUCCCCAUUGUCCUCGUCGAAGAAGACCAGACCUUUGCUAGCAUUGUCCAACAUCAACUAAGCCCCGAGUAUGAUGUGGUACAGGUCUGCCAGAGGUUCGAGAGUUUAGUUCCGGCCUUUAUGCGCGGCUUGAGCGGCUCGCCGUCUGAACCCCGUACUAUCUACGGCUGCGGUAGCAACUCGGAGGCGGAAGACGACCAGCGCAAGGUGACGGGCGCCCUCGUUAUAGCUGGUAAGAUGGGCGAUGGUCGCCUCUACGAGGCCGUGAGAUCCAUUGCAAUGAUCUCCCCGAAUAUUUUGAUCGUGAAAGCGUACUAUGAUGGCCCGGAGACUAGCGAUGAUACGGUUCUCGUGGAAAGAGUUCGGGAGAGCUUGGAUAACGAAGUCCAACACCGAAGGCUCCGAGUCAGGGCCACCUAA